AUGGCGCAGAGCGAGACUCUCAAAAUGAGCAACAUGGCUUCGAGAGAAGUCGAGGGCACCACCUCUAGCAAACAGCGCGAUGAGGUAGAUUUGGCACGUUUGGGCAAGCGCAGUGUUUUGAAGCGCAGUUUCGGUUUUAUGGCCGUUCUCGGUUUUAGUACUACCAUCUUGAUUACAUGGGAGGGUCUCUUCACGACGUUCUUGCAGCCGCUUCAAAAUGGCGGUCCUGCGGGUACAGUGUAUGGAUAUCUCUUCGUCUGGGCAGGAACUGCAGCGAUCUUCGCUAUGCUUUCUGAGAUGGUCUCCAUGGCUCCAACCUCUGGUGGCCAAUACCAUUGGUGUUCCAUGCUUUCGUCUCCAAAAGCAAUGAAAUUCUCAAGCUACAUUACUGGUUGGCUCACGGUUGUCGGGUGGCAGGCUACAUUUGCGACAGCCUGUUAUAUUAGUGGAACCCUCAUCCAAGGUCUCAUCAUAUUGGCGAAUCCUUCUUAUGUACCUCAGGCAUGGCAUUCAACCCUGCUUUAUUGGUCUGUGGUGGCAUUCGGACUUUUUGUCAACACCGUGGGAGGUGCGAGUCUCCUAGCGAAGUUUGAAGGCCUAAUUCUCGUUCUACACGUCAUCGGAUUUUUCGCCGUCCUCAUUCCAUUGGUAUACAUGUCCGAGCACGCCACUGCCCAAGAUGUCUUUGAGGUAUGGGUCAACGACGGUGGCUGGGAGACGCAGGGGGUUUCCUUCUUUGUCGGGCUCAUUGGUGUUGUAUUUGCAUUCGCUGGAGGAGACGCCGCGGUACACAUGGCCGAGGAGACUCAAAACGCACCAAAGAUCGUUCCUAUCUCCAUCAUGUUCAGCGUCGUCCUCAACGGUGUUCUAGGCUUCGCCAUGCUACUAGCCUCUCUUUUCUGCCUUGGCAAUCUCGACGAUGCUAUCGCCUCCCCAACAGGAUACCCGUUUAUGGCAAUCUUCCUACAAGCGACAGGCUCAGUUGCUGGCGCUACGACAAUGGCAUCUAUUGUCGGCGUCAUGGCCAUCUGUGCUACUACCGGCAUGCUUGCCACGGCUUCGCGCAUGUUCUGGGCAUUCUCACGCGAUCGCGGCGUUCCCGGAUGGCGCCUUUGGAGCCAGGUAUCCCCACGUGCCGGUGUUCCUGUCAACGCUGUUAUUUUUACAGCUACAGUCUCAACCCUGCUCGGUUUGAUCCCGCUCGGCUCCCCCGUCGCCUUCAAUGACCUCACUUCGAUGUCUACCUCUGGUCUGUAUUUGUCGUACAUGGUCUGUUGCAUCCUUUUACUGUACCGUCGCUGCACCGGGGGUAUCCUCGAUCCCAGCGAAGCCAACAAUACGGAUAUCUCGCCCGCGGAAGCUGCAUGGAUUGUAAACACGGCGGGUGCAAAGCUUGUAUGGGGUCCCUUCCACGUCAAGGGUAUUUUCGGCAUUGUUGUCAAUGUAUUUGCCAUUGUCUACAUGUUGAUCACGGUGUUCUUCAGCUUCUGGCCACCGACGGCCGAGGUCACCGUGGCGACAAUGAACUACAGCGCAGUCGGUACCGUUGGAACAAUGGCCUUGAGUCUGUUGUAUUAUUAUUUCCGGGCCCGGCAUGUUUACACGGGACCUAUUGUGGAGAUUUGA